GCCCAAUGUUUAACUUUUGGUUCUUCCUAUUUCUUAAAAUAUAAACCCUAAACCCUUACAAUUUCUAGCACCUCCUUCGUCGUCCUCCCCCAAAUACUCAACCACAGAAAACACAGGGGAAAUGGUUUCAGCGAACGAAGAACAAAGAACGGAGAAGAUUCCGGUGUGGGAUUUGCCGGAUGUUCCGUCGGGAAAUCUGCCGGCGCACCUCGAACUCCAGAGGACCCGUACUGUCUGCACUAACGAUGCCCCUAUUCAUACGGAGAAUAUUCAAUACUCGGGUGCUUAUGCGUCGAUGGGAGUGGAUAACAGCAUGAGAUUCGAGAAGUUUUGCAAGAAUUUUAGGGUGGAAGUGAUUAGACUCGGAGAUGAUGAAAUGGAGUUCGAUAUGGUUGGCAUUGAUGCUUCUCUUGCGAAUGCGUUUAGGAGGAUCCUCAUAUCUGAGCUUCCAACCAUGGCUAUUGAAAAUGUUCUUGUUGCAAAUAACACCUCAGUGGUUCAAGACGAGGUGCUCGCCCAUAGACUAGGUCUUAUACCACUUAAAGUUGAUCCAAGGCUCUUCAAUUAUAAGUCAGAAAAUGACCAACCCAGUGAAAAGAAUACCAUUGUUUUUAAACUUCAUUCUCGUUGUGAAAAGAAGAGCUCACGUAUUAAUGUUAAGUCGAGCGAGCUGAAGUGGCUACCGGGGGGCAGUGAGUUCGCACUAAGUACAGAAAAACCAACUCAGGAUUCGACAUCAAAGGUUAAAACUUAUACUUCAUUCACUUGUAGUCAAGACUCUUUGCCAGAAUUCUCAAGCAACCCAAUUGCCCCCACGCAUGACGAUAUUACGUUAGCUGUACUUGGACCUGGACAGGAAAUUGAGCUGGAAGCACAUGCUGUGAAAGGAAUGGGCAAGACACAUGCAAAAUGGUCACCUGUUGCCACUGCUUGGUAUAGGAUGCUUCCUGAGGUUAUAUUGUUGCAAGAAAUUGAAGAUGAAAAGGCGGAAGAACUUAUCAAGAAAUGUCCUGUUAACGUGUUUGAUAUCGAAGAUAUUGGUAAAGGUCGAAAAAGAGCAACUGUGGCAAGGCCUCGAUCUUGUACUCUGUGCCGUGAAUGCAUCAGAGGAGAUGACUGGGAUAAGCUUGUGGCACUUCAACGCGUAAAAGAUCAUUUCAUUUUUACAAUUGAAUCUACGGGAGCAUUACCUCCAGAUGUUCUUUUCACUGAAGCUGUGAAGAUUCUAGAAGACAAGUGUGAGCGUGUGAUAACCGAAAUGUCCUAAUUACGCGGGCUUGCAAUGUGAAAAUCUGGCAUGGCCAAAAAGGAUCACAAUAUUUAUCGCUUAUUUAUAGCAUACUGUUAGUAACUUUAAGACUCUAAAUAUUGCACCAUCCAUCAAUUUUUAUUUAUUUUUCAGUAUUUUUACUACUGUUUGUUUC